UUCUAACCUCCCUCCGAUUUGACAGCCGCGAAGCGAAAACAAAACAUCUGCCGCCGCCCGGGAAAAUUUAUUCAAUUUUUGCGACCGGGUCCAGUUUUUCCUGCAUUUAGUGAACAAAAUUCAGAGGAAACCCGUUUGAAAGUUAAUGAACAACGUGCAAAAAUGUCCGACGACGAUGUCAUUGUGAUUGAGGAUUCACCUCAGAGGAAAUCCAUCAGUUGCGAUCAAAUACCGGAACUCUUUCUGGACAAACUUAUCGCCAAGAAGCACUUCGGCCAGUUCGGGCGAAUCAAUCGCUUCAUACUGCGACCGAAGCGCCUAUCAUGCACGGUGGAGUACGAGAAUCCGGAAGCCGCGGAAGCGGCUUUGGCUCGGGGCGGAGUGUUCCGGGAUUGGAAGUUUAACGUGUACUGGACGGAUGAGGUGGCGGCAUCGCAAUCGGCGAGGGAGGAGGCGUAUGUGGACCCGGAGGUUCAGCAGGAGCUGGACACCAUGAGCGGAGGGCCGAGCAGUUUGCGGAUGAAGCAGACCAUGAAGCAAUCAAUCGAAUCGUUCCUGAAGAAAACGGAACGUUUCCCAGCGCCCCCAGUGGUGGCUCCACCGAAGCAACUGAGGCCGCCACCGAUGGUAGUGAUCCCGAGGGAAGUGGCGCCGGGGUCAGGUGACCCAAAAACUGUUCAAGCCAAACUUGAGUUCGAAUCGUUGGCCAGGAAGCCGUCGAUGACGGCAGAGGAGCGAUUCCGAGUACUGGAAGCCCGCGAUCGGUAUAUCAGACUGACGACCGACCGGACGACGGACAUACGGAAGGCCAAGAGCACGCAGGGGACGUGCGAAGACAUGUGCCCGGAGAAGGAGCGAUAUAUGAGGGAGUGUAAGUUCCAGGUGGCGUCGUAUGAGGCGGGCGAAAGCUCCCAACAGAUGGACCACGAGAAGGCGAUCAAGCAGUAUUCCCGGAGUUCGGCGGAUCAGGAAGCGCCGCUGGCGCUGGAGUUGCGUUCCGAGAAGGGCCUGGAGCUGUCCAUGAGCUACUUGCUGCUGAGGAUCGCGGAUUUGUGCGACGAGGAGGACGUCAAUUUGAGCGAUUGGUUCCAUUUCGUUUGGGAUCGGACUCGGGGAAUUCGGAAGGACAUUACCCAGCAGGAGUUGUGUUCGGUUCGGGCGGUGCGAUUGGUGGAACAGUGUGCGCGGUUUCACAUCCACUGUGCGGCCCGGCUGGUUGCUGAAGAUCCUUCUGUGUUCGAUCAGAAGAUCAAUACGGAGAACAUGACGAAGUGUUUGCAGUCGUUGAAGUACAUGUAUCACGAUUUGGGGCUGAAGGGGAUCCGCUGUCCGAACGAAGCCGAGUUCCGGGCUUACGUGGUGCUGUUGAACCUGAACGAUGGUAACUUCCUGUGGGAGGUGAAGCAGCUGGCUGGGGAUAUCAUGCAUUCGAAGGAGAUCCGGUUUGCGUUGCAGGUCUACUUUGCGUUGGAGGGUAAUAACUAUGCGAGGUUCUUCCGGCUGGUUCGUCAGACGAGCUACAUGAAUGCCUGUAUUCUGCUGCGAUACUUCAACCAAAUCCGGACCCGUGCUCUGGAGAUCAUGCUGAGGGCCUACACGUAUCGGACACCGGCCAGUUUCUCGUUGGAACACCUCACGGAUCUGCUGGCGUUCGAGGACACUGAAGCUGCCGCAGCCUUCCUGGACGCCUACGGUCUCCCGGUGGACGAAACCCUCGGAACCGUUCUGAUGGAUCCCAAGCAGUACGAUCGACCGGAAAUACCCUACCAGCUGGAAAGGGCCUACAAUUUGGUCGAAAGCAAACGAACCUGCAGCGUAGGAGAAGCCAUUUCCGGCGAGCCCCUGGAAGACGAAUCCAUCCUGGACAAUCACCAGCUGGAAGCUAGUUUCACUCCAACCGGCUAUUUUCGGGAAGAUCUGCUUCGUACCAUCCUCAAACCUGUCAAGCUUCCGGAACCGACCACCCCAAUCUCCGACGAUGAUAAGCUCUUCAAAGUCCCAUCCCCUACUUCCAUCUCGCCGAAACCAUUGUUCCCGAAGCCAACUCCCACCGGGAACCUCUUUCCACCUUCCCGGAAUUCGUUCCGGAUUGAAACCAACUCGCAGGCGCCGUCCGCUCCGUCCGUUUUCUCCCAAUCCAGCCCGACAACCCUGUCCGGCAUAACGCCUCUGCCGAAAACGAUCCAGCCUCAACCACUUCCGGCCAAAACGGCUCCCUCCUUCGGCUCGAAUCUCUUCGGGAACGUCAACUUCGCGGCGGCGGCACCAGCGCCUCAAGUCAACAUCUUCGGGCAGUUUGCUGCGCCGAAGCCGGAAGUGACUGGUCCAUCCAUCUUUGGUGCUUCGAACGACACUUCCAACGCCCUGGCCGCCGCUCGUCGUCUGCAGGAAGAAGCCGAACAAAAGCGACGGCAAGAAGCUCUUGAAGAGGAAGCCAGGCGGAAGCGCCAGCAGGAGGAAGAACAGCGCCGCCAACGGGAAGCGGAAGAGGAACGCAUCCGGCAGGAGCUGAUCGCCCGGAAGGAAGCGGAAAUUCGGCGGCUGAAGGAGCUCGAGGAGGAAAGCAAGCGCCAACUGGAGGAAACGGUCCGCAAGAUGUCCGAGAAGAUCUACGCCGAACUGGUGGACGACGUUUGCGGGGAGGAUGUGGCCCAAGUGGCCACUUCCUGCUACAACCAGCAUCAACUGUUGGAGAAGUAUCCGAAGAAGCUGCUGCAGGAGCUCGAGGAUGAGGUGCUGCGGGAAUUCCUCGAAGGGACGAUCCGAGAGGAGACGCUGGUGAAGAACUGUCAGGAGACCCGUCAGCAGAAUGUGAUGCGGAAGUACUUCCGUUUGUGGCGGAACAACGUCCGUUUGGUGAUGGACAACCGGAUGCAGAUCGAGAACAGUCCGGCUUGGUUGCCGGAGCGAAGGCUACAAGAGCAGGCCAGAGAAUGCUACCAAGAGCAUCAAGCUCUGAGUUUGGCAAACAUGAAACGCUACGUCGGAGGAAUGUCAAAGGUGUUUCAACUGCCGGAAAGGCAGGAACAUCCGGUGGAUGUGUUCGAAAUCGUUCGGAGUAAGGUUCGCUUGGCAAAACGACAAGAUACGAGGGGCUUCAUUCGAAAUCACGUCUACUGGAAGCUAGCAAUCUCCAUACCAUUCAAGCAGGAAGAGGAUUCGUCCGGGUUGUACUACUUCAUCAGCAAGUGGUUGAAGAGCCUGUUCAAAAGGUCAUCGGCGAACGAGGGGAAGUGUUUCUUUUUGGAAGCGCAGGAAAAUAUGACGGCGCGCGAGCGGUUGGUCGUUUGCAUGAGACUCCUCAAGGGUACGGAUAUUUUGGACGAGCUGAAUGCGAAAGAUCCCGAGGCGUUGGAUAACUCAGACGGAUUGGUCUUCUUUCUCACUUCGAACAACCCGCUAAGAUCGAAGGAGAGGCUACACAAUCUUCUACGGAAUGCCGAUUCUUGGGGACCCAUCCCCGUCACCAUAAUUGCCUACAACUAUCAGCCCAAUGCGGACGAAUGCCUGGAAGAACUUCUCGACCUGGACUUCCUUCUAGAAGAGGGAAAGAUCAGCGAUUUUGAAAUAAUCUAUCAUCAAGAAACCAACAGGAAGCCACUUCGUCAAGCGCUGGUCACCUCGUUGAAUUUCCUCGCCUCGUGCUACAAUCCGGACUCUCCGCUGGAAAUGCAAUCCCAAACGUCCUUCAUCGGGACCUGCCUCGGCGAAGAACUGUGGCAUCGCUUCCGCCUAUCUGCCCAACAGAACCCCAAACUCGAAGAAGCUUGCCACGACCUCCACUUCGUCCUGGAUCUGUUCAACCAGGCGAUCGAUCGCGUCUGCAACCUCGUCCAGCACAACCUCGCCGCUUACCCGAACUUCCCCGCGGAGUUCAAACCAUUCGUGUCCAAACGGCGCUUCGACAUCCCCUUGGACCUGGAGUACUUCCCCAAGGACUGGCGAAACCCCGAACGCCAGCAAAAGCUCAUUCGCUUCUUCGCCCAGCUGAAGUUCAAGCCUCUUACCUUCGAACCUUCGACCUGCCAAUCCCUUCACGACCUCCAAUCCCACCUUCUACCCUUCAUCCGUUCGUCCCUUCCCCAACCAGACGAUAAAUUCGCUCGUCGCCUCCUAGCCCUCACCACCCAAGACAUCCUCCGCAACCUACCCGUUGCCAUUCCCUUCCCACAAUCCAUCUCCGCCCUCAACUGGCUCCAACCCAUUUCCACCCUGUCCAACGAACUGCUCCGACGCCGCUGGAGCGAAGCCCUGACCCACCUUCCGUGCGAAGUCAUCUAUCACAAGCAGGAAUACGAGAGCUACACCCGGACCCUCUGGUGGCUACCCCAGCUCAAAACCCUCAAACGACGAUCCACUUCCAACGAUCUCCCCGCGGCAACCAACGAACCGGAAACCGACACCGACGACCACAGCAGUUGCCUGGACUCACUGGACGGCGCGGCGGCCGUGCCAGUCAAGAAAAUGCGCCUCAACAUCACCCUGGCCAAGGACGAUCUGGACGAGAUUUUGGCCCGGGGCAGACGGUGCCUGGAGCGGGCGGACGAGAAACUGACGCAGUGCCGGGAGUUUACGCAGCAGACACGCGAACUGGCCAACAAGCUCGAUGGGCGGCUGUACGAGCAGGAGAAGACCUUCCGCGAGAACCGAUGGACGUGGGAGACGAGUUUCCGGUAGUGCCCCGUUCGGUGUGGCUAGUUUUAGGAUGAGAAGUAAUUUUUCGACGUUAUAAGUUAAAUAGGAAGACGUUUUUCAUGCGA